AUGAUAUCUCUUUGUUCUGAAAAUAAACAAGGAGGAGCAGCACGACUCAUUCAAGACGAAUUUCAUCGAUUAGCUCAAAUUGAUAUUGACUUUCCUUAUGAUACAUUAUUAAGCUCCAUUUUUUAUCGUCCAAUUGAAUUUAUUAUAGCAGAAAAAACGGUAGCAACACUACUUAUUAAAACCUUGGAACAAACUCCUAAAUAUUCUGGUGAACCUGAUCAAGACGCUGAUGAAUGGCUCAAGGAUCUCACCUCAACAUUUCGCUUGGCAGAUAUUACCAAAUCACAAGCACUCAAGAUAAUACCAACAUUUCUUGAAGGGUCUGCUAAACAAUGGUUCACUGAAAAAAUCACAGCCUUCGAAUCCUGGACUGUGUUCAAAGCUCAAUUUCUUCAUACGUAUUCAUCUCCAACACUUAAGUAA